CUUUCGACUAGCCCCCCAGGUGAAAGUGUAAUAAACAGCCAAUUGGAGAGCGCGCACGCAAUCACAUGAUUAAUGUUUUUCUUUUGAAUGAUGUCAUUCCGUCAACUGGAAAACAAGCGUCAGAGAGAAUGCUGAACUGGAUAGCGUCAGCUCUUGACAUCUCAGCUUGAACAUGUUACAAAAUGAGUCAUCGGUGGGCACCAAAUUUCUGGAUGUUAAAAGUAAGCAGAGCAGUUAAACUGUGGCAAACACCUGUUCACAAUUCAUCAGGGUCACGUCUGCGGUUGGAUCAAUUCGGGUUUUAUGUACCACAACCUGAUAGCUACAAGGUUGACUACCUCAGCUGGAAGUACAUCCACCACAUGAGGAUUAGGGGUCAAAAGGGAUGGCAUUGUCGAGCUAACCAAGUGAGGCAAAGGCUCACACUCCACACCAGCACCCUGUGCUUGAAGACAUCAGCUUCACUCUGGACUGCUGGCCUAAACCACCACAUGUCACGAGUCAGGAAUACAUUGGACACAGUCUCUAAAGCUGUUAGUAGGACACAUACCGAAUUUCUGUCCAGAAUUUCCAGAUUCAAGCGCAAGUCUUUCCAGACUCAUAAAAACGUUGGUGAGGGAAAAGCUGAAGAGAGUGAAAUCACUUCUGGUCCUCCUGCUCCUCAUUCUACAUCUAAUACUCCCAUAUCUGUACUUGAGUCAACUAUUGCGUCUAAAUCUGCCAGUUCUAGUCACAAACAUGCUGCUACUGUUGAUGCAAGUUCCAAUACUUCAGUAAAACCUCAAAAUUUUCUUCAAGAAUCUGAGGAACCAAAGGAGAAAAAGCUGGCUCAUGUUGCUUCUCAGAAAUCAGAGGAACCCCAAGUACCACUGUGUAAUAUCAAGAAAAGGAGCACAACAUUGGAACCCUCAACAGAACUUUUCCAUCCCACCACAUUUACCGUGAACUUGAAUGAGACUUAUAAUUACCUGGCACAUCACAUCAACACCUACUUUGACAGUCUUACAAAGACUCCAGAGAUGAAGGUGAACAAUGCAAACAAUUGCUCCGCUUCCACUCAGGACCAAGAAACCAUUGACCUCACACCAGCAUCUGACAAAACAGAUCCUGCUUCUCUCGACACCCAAACCACUCCGAAGAAGGGUUUAGGACACUACCUAUCGUAUUCAGGUCCUUCUGUGCAAGCCUUUGUGGGAAGCUACAUUGCCCCUUUGGUACCAAAGUUCAAAACAUCCGAGUCCAAAUAUUCUGCAGUGGAGGAGCAGUCUGAGGAUGUCCCAAUGAAACAGGGUGACAUCACUGUUAGUAAGGAGCAGAAGGUUGCAGAGGAGAAAGCCAGGAGACUUCUACUCCAAAGAGAAAAGAUCAUUGCCAGGGUAAGUGUGGACAAUCGAACUCGGGCUCUGGUCCACGCUCUCCACAGGGCAUCUGAUGUCAGGGUUUAUAUCUCUCGUGUUGAGGACCUCAGCUACCACCUCCUGGAGUUUCCAGAGAGUCGUGGCGUUGCUGUGAAGGAGAAGGCAGUACCUUGUCUGCUGCGCCUCAGACAGGCUGAUGACCCGGGACUGCAGGCAGCAGUUAGGGAGGCACUCACUGUGGUAGGAUACCACACACCUGUUAAAGGCCGAGGCAUACGCAUCCUUUCCAUAGACGGAGGUGGAUUAAGAGGACUUGUUGCCCUUCAAACUUUACAAAAGCUGGAAGCCCUGACAGGCAAACCCAUAUACAGAUUGUUUGAUUAUAUCUGUGGUGUCAGUACAGGUGCUGUUCUUGGAUUCCUGCUGGGAAUGUUCCAAAUGCCACUCAGCGAGUGUGUUGAUCUUUACCGGAAAUUGGGAUCAGAUGUUUUCAAACAGAACGUGAUUGUCGGCACUGUGAAGAUGAGCUGGAGCCACGCCUUUUAUGACAGUGAAACAUGGGAGAACCUCCUCAAAGAAAAAAUGGGCUCUAAUCUGAUGGUGGAAACUUCAAGAAACCCUAAAUGCCCCAAGGUGGCAGCAGUGAGUACAGUUGUGAAUCGGGGCACUCCUUUGAAGGCUUACGUGUUCAGGAACUACAACCUGCUGCCCAGUGUUGGCUCACACUAUAUGGGAGGCUGCCAGCACCAGCUCUGGCAGGCCAUCCGUGCCACAUCGGCGGCCCCUGGGUAUUUCCAGGAGUUCACCUUAGGAAAUGAUGUUCACCAGGAGGAGCUGAUCAGCUCACCAGAGGUGGCGAGCAGGGACGUAAAGAUGAAGCAGCUCAGAGAGGAUGGAGGUCUUCUAAUUAACAACCCCACAGCACUGGCUAUCCAUGAGUGUCACUGUUUGUGGCCUAAUACACCAUUGGAGUGUGUAGUCUCACUGGGUACAGGACGCUUUGAAGCCACCAGCAAGCAGAGCACCACCUACACAAGUCUCAAAGCCAAACUCACCAACGUCAUCAGCAGUGCUACAGACACAGAGGAGGUGCACACCAUGUUGGACGCCUUCCUCCCGUCAGACACUUAUUUCCGCUUCAACCCCUACAUUAACGAGGAGAUCGCUUUGGAUGAGAGCCGACAGGAGAAGCUCAACAUGUUGCAGGCGGAGUGCAUUCGUUACCUGGAGAGGAACGAGGAGAAGCUAAAGAAGGUCGCUUGCAUCCUCAAUCGAGACAAAGGUUCCAUGCAGAAGGUGGCUGAGUGGGCCAGACUAAGAGCUGACAUGUAUAACAGCCUGCCGUUCUCCUCCUCAAAGCUAUAGAUCUGUAGAAGCACAUUAUUACCUCAUUUUAAUCUGCUUAAAUGUCAUCAGGGUGAGUGCAGUGUCUUUUUUUAUCAUUUGUCACUAUGUAAGCAUAUGCAGGUAGAUAAUUUAUUGAACAUGACAACAAAACAUUACCUUCUUCAUCUUUUACAUUUCUGAUGGUCAUGAUGUUAGUGUAAUUGUUGCAUUUUGAAUUUUGCCGGUUUUGCACUGAAACACAUCCGGUUGUCACUUGUGGUUCACGUAACUUGAAUUGGAGCUCUCAUGUUCAGACAGACAACAUUGGGUGAUAUUUGUAUUGGGGAAUUGAACUGAAUGGAGUCUCUAAUGCCAAAUGCUGAAUGUUUCUACCCUGGGAUAGAGAUAAUAAACAACAAAAAUUUUAUAUUAUGGGAACAUUUUUUGUCAUUCACAUGUAAUGAUAACAGUGGUUAAUUUGUUUGAAUCUGAGCUGCGUUCUUGCAUAUUUAUUUAUGCACCUUUAUUUGUACCUCAUGUUAGAAAAGCCUGCAUACCAGAUUGGAAAACAUUGUCCAUUUUACUAACAAAUGCUUCUUAUAUUUGCUGUUAUAUUGUAGUCACCUUGUUAAAGGCAGUAGCUAUUGCUACAACAGUUUAGCCUGUCGCUGGUUUAAACAAGGAACUAAUUUUUAAGCCUGGACUUUGUUUUUGGAAUACAAUCACAAAGCACAAAAUCAUAAAUCAGUUUGUACUUUCUCAGAACACGUCUAAUGGGAUCAUUGUGUUUGGACUGUAGUUUGUGUCAUUUGUUUUGUUACUUAGGCUAAGAUACCAACAAGUAAUAAAUUAUAAGGAGGUGGAAAUUUCACUAAAAAAUGUUGUUCAUGGUGAUCUGUUAAAUCUAUAAUUUUAGCGUUUAAGGCAACUGACAUUUAUUUGUAUUUUACAAUUAAUUUGCACAUGUAAUAAGGCAACUACAGUGUUCAAAGGUGUAAUUACAAUAGUAAUAUUGGUAAAUGUGUAAAUUGAGGUUGAGUUCAAAUCUUCAGAUUGCCUGGAAUGUUUAAGACUACAUCAUUUGCAUAGCAGCUCUAUAAUUUUAAUACAUAUCUAAAUUGAGGCUCCUUAUAACGAGGAUUUAAGUAAUGUGCUAGCCUCAGAGUGUUUUAGUUUGGCUGUUUCAAAUGCUUUAAUCUUCAGUUUUGCACAUUCACACCAAGCUAUGCGUGUUUUGUGAUCUAUCCCUUUGUUGCCUCUUUUACCAUUUUUACCUUGAAGUGCUGUUUUUGAGUCUGCUUUAUAACAACGUAAUGUUAAUUGAAAACAUGGAAUUUUUAGUGGAAGUUAUGCUACGGUUGAAACUAAUUUUAUUGCUAUGAGGUACGACUGUUAUUUUUAAAUGAAAGCACAGCGGUCAGUCAUUUCCUCUGCCAAACUUGUACUUUAUAAGUGUGUCAGUCAGAGCCGUGGCCAGAUGGACACAGAUGAAUGUAACGCUGCAGCUCUUCUGUCGAAAUACUGUUUUGAGUAUGUCCGUCAUUAAAACCAGUCACUGAUGCUUGCUUCUCCCUGAGCUCAAUUAUGCGAGGAUGAGCUGAUUGUAAUUGGGGAAAGUUGUUUUGUUUCCUCAUUUGUAUCUUGUAUUUAUUCCUGUUUAAUUUGUCCAACACUGAUCUGAAUAGAUUUGCACCCUCAUCUUCACUGGUGAAUUUCUGUCAUGCUUUGCCUAAGUACAUAGAAUCACCACUGCAGGCAGCACAAGCAUGCCACUAUCAGAUUCUAUGCAUUUUAUCUCCUUCAGAUAAACAAUUUUUCUGCGUGCAAACAUUGCAGUGUAAUUUUGAGUUGCAGGUAAUUUGAAGGUACUUACCCGACCUGUCUUUCUGUGAGGAAAAAGAGCUGAGUUGACUGCUCAUGGCAUCUGGCUAACAUCCCUGGCCAGCGAUGGAUCACAUUUCCCUCCAGUAUGACGACCAAACAUUGACACUUCUGCCUGCCUGCUGCUGACAAGCGUGAAAUCCCAAUGAAAGCGAAAGAAGACAUGA